AUGUCCGUUGAAAACGCGAAAGAAUCCAAUAUGAAUAAUUCGAAAAAUUUUUGUGAUAAUUUAAUUUCGACGGAAAAAAAUGGUGAAAUUGGUGAUUCAUUAACAAUAAAAACAAAUUUCGCUGAAAUAAAUACUGAGAAAAGGGAUUCGAUACCGAUCGUCGGAGAAUCUUUUAUUUGGAAACCGACAACUAAUAAAAUGAAUAUUGAAAAAACAACUUGUUGGGCUCAAACUAAAAAAGAAAAUAAUUUGAUGAAUGAAAAUCAAGAAAUACCAAAUUCCAACGAAUAUGCAAACAUUUCGACUCAAAUUGAUAACUUACCGGUUAAUUUUAGUACAAAAUCCAUUCAGAGAAAGAAAAAAGUUCCAAAAAUCGAAGUCAGACAAGAGGAUUUUAAAACGGUGGUUAAAAUUUCAGUCAAAGAAACUCCCACACCUGAAGAAGAAGAAGAAGAAGAAGAAAAAAGAGAAAAAGAUAUUUUUAAUCGUUUAAAACCUGAUAAUUUUUACGAAAAUGCCAGCGGUGAUAACGAAAAUUUUCUUGAUAAACCCCAUGGAGUCUCUUCAAUCGCAUUUCAAAAUACAAAUAACGAUAAAGAGGUUUACGAAAAUGUCGGUUCGUUAAGAGAACAACAAUUUGAAAAUACAUCUAAUGACACCCGCAACGAUGAGUGUUUAUACGAAAACUUAUUAAUUAGUCGCAACGUUCGAACUAAUUCAAAUGAUGCGGAUUCUAAUUAUUGUAAUGUUGGACCAUAUCAUUCGGUAGAAGAAUCAAAAGUUCACGCGAAUCCAAGUAACUUUACCAAAAUCAAUACAAAUCCGGAAAAAAAAAAUUUAGAUAAAUGUGAAGAAUUUUAUGAAAAUAUCGACGGUGGCAACAUUCUAGUUAAAGUGAACGAUGAUAAAUCAUUGUUGAAAAACGUUGAAAAUAAGUCGGAAAAUUUUAAACCGGUGAAACACGAGUGCGAAAAAAUAUCCGAAUUAGAAACAGAAAAAAAAACAUCUUUUACGGAAAUUGUUUUGCCCAAGACAAAGACAAACUUUAAAAAUAUAAAGAACGAUUCCUUAUCGGGAGAUUCUUUCGACAGCGGAACUUCAAGUGACGUCGACGGACUUCCGACGUUUGUUCAAACAAAAAAUGGAAACGUCAUUGUCACGAUAAAAAAUUUUCAGGGAGAAGAAUUUAAAAAAGAAGAUUACGGUCAGCAGCAACAACAACAACAGCAACAGCAGCACGUAAGAGCAGAAAGUCUCACGAGUAGCGGUGUCGGCGCGGACAGCGGAGAAAGCGACGAUGAAAAAAGUAACAUCAGCUGCGAUUCUCUCAACAGCAACGAACUUUAUCCUCAAUCAAAUUCCGAAGAUCACGGGUAUCACACGCCCAAUUCGGAUGAUAAAGCGGGGUCCCCAGUGAACGGCGGAAGCGUUUACGAAAACGUAAUAAAAACAUCGAAAUUAAAUGGGGGGGACUCGACGGGGGGUUUCGUCCAGAAACCGAAUCCGAUUGAAAAAAUGGAAAAUUUACGAAAUCUAAAAAGAUUCUCCGAAGGUUUAUCGGAUUGUUUUUGUGAAGAUUAUGAAAACGUUCGCGUUUUUCACACGACGGAUGCUGUAGGUGAGAACAAACAAAAUGAUUUUUCACCAAUCCGUGAAGAUAAUAAGGAUAGUAAUGUUGAUAAUAUUCAAAAAUCGUUACCAAAGAAUCUCAUACGCGAUAUAUGUUCGAGAAACGGUAAAUCAUCGAUCGCGGAUCAAAUGAAAAAAAAAAUCAAAGACGAAAAUAAAACUUUUGUUGCUCAAACGAUUUUAAACAUCGUGGGUUCUAAUAAAUCGUCUCCGCCGGAUGCGGAAACAAACGGAAACGAUAUCGGUUCGAAAGAUUCGAAACAAGGAUUUGUGGUCGAAGAAAGAACAUACGAAGACCGAAAAACUGAUGUCCACUGUCUCAAAGGAAACAGAAGAAUCCCUGCCGUGGAUGAAUUUGACACGGAUCAAUUUUAUAAAUUUCACGUGAAGGAAAAUUCACGGGAUGAAUCGAACGGGGAAGAUGAAACGUUCGCGGGAAUCAAAGACUAUUUUUCAAAAGAAAAGUCUACUGCCAUAACGAGUGCCAAAGGAACCAUCAGAGGAGUCAAAAAUAGAGUGAAAGCAGGGAUAGCCACAUUUUUAAAAAUGCAAGAAACCAAACCUUUGUAA